CAACAACAAAUUUGCUUGAUAAUGACACAAUUAUCUUAUGCCCUAUUAGGCAGGGUCCAAUAUUCGCGGACGUCAAACGGGUGAAAUGGCUGUUCACAGCAGGUUCUCUUCAGUUCCGAACUAAAGCUACGGACGGCAGAGCAACUAGGCAUUUCAGGGACGACACGCAAACGAAGAAGCCUUUUGUGCUAAAGAAAAUCGAACUGCGAUCCACUCACAAAGCAAUGGAGGAAAGAAGGCCUGCCACGGCUAGAGGCAUAUCUUUCAGCGUUGAGUCGCUUAUAUCCAAACCAGAACAAAAUGGCGACAGUCCGUCAAAUUCAUCCCGCACUCCAGGGUUACCGAUUAACUUUUCUGUUGAAAGGCUGUUGGAUAAACAAGAUGUUAGGGGAGGAGAAGCUAUAAGAAGCGCUGAACCGUCUAUCGAUUCGACUACUGAGAGCAAAGAUACUAAUGAACGCGUGGAAUGGACAGAAGACUUUCCUUGGAUGCAUUCUACUAGAUAUGACCCUCCACCUCGUAAGUCAAAAAUACCACUCGUGUAUGAAAUCCUAUUUUUGGUUGUAUCUCAAUUGACCACGUUUAAUGCUGUAGAAUUAUCGGAACUAUUCCCCCUUGUCCGAUAGGAAAGGAGAUAUUUUUCCGGGACUUGCUUUACUGACUACUCAGUGCGUGUCUUAACAGAUCUUGUGUAUGAGCUAUACGAGUCACCCAGUACUCCGCACUAAUCCUCCUUUCGGGGCUUCUCUUUCAGGGGUUCGCCCACGACUUAGUCCGACGAAAUGCCAACUCAGGAAGCACAAGACUAAUCGCAAACCGAGAACGCCUUUUACAACUUCACAACUCCUUGCAUUGGAAAGGAAAUUUCGACAAAAGCAAUACCUCUCGAUCGCUGAAAGAGCGGAAUUUUCUGCCUCUUUGAACCUUACAGAAACGCAAGUUAAGAUAUGGUUUCAAAAUCGAAGAGCGAAAGCUAAGAGGCUUCAUGAGGCUGAACUAGAAAAACUCAAACUGGCGAGCAAGCCGUAUUUACCACCAAGGUUUCCAUCGAGUCUUGGACCUAGCUCCGUUUGUUGUGAGCCUUCGCCUUACGGUCCUCACUUCGCUUUUCAAUCUUACGCGCACGUAAAUUUGCCGAAUUCACACUUCGGACAAGCUGUAGGUUACUCACACAGGAAUCCUUAUGGCCCUCCUCAAACUUUUCACAAUUUUAUGUACCACUAGACUAGUUGGCAAGUAGCGACAUUUUCUACUACAUAUCUGUUUAGUUAAACUCUUUUAGGUUGUAUUUUAUUUUUUUAUCUCAGUGAUAUUCUUUUUUUUUUUUUUCAUCGAGUUUGCUCGACUAGCAGAUUGGAAUGGAUUUUUUAAAAAGAAUUUAUCGGUGCUUGUGCUACAGAGUGAAAUCCUUAAAGAAAAUGAUAAUUUCAUGUAUUUUUUUAUAUUAUAUGAAAUAUAUGGACGACUAUUAACAAGUGAGCGAGAGUCUUGUGGAAACGUUUUAAAAGAGAGAUUCUGGUUUCAGGCAAUCAAUUUAUUUCAGGUUGUUGUGAGAGCAAUUAUAAAGACAUCAAGCACGUGUUUUUGAAACAAUUUCCGUAAAAUUGCAUUGACAUUGAGACACACAGCAAACCAUUAUGUGAGACCCUAGCAGCUCACUCCUUGACGAUGAAAACAAUGCCUUUGUAAUUAUUUAACCGCCCUAUUAAUGGGAAACACCUCUCGUGCAACCCUGUCGGAAGGAAAGAAUAGGCGUACAGCUAAUUUAAGGCCGUAUAGCUUCUCAGUAUUUUUUUUCCCAGAGAAACUGGUUGUCAAAGGGUUGUACCUGCUAAAACUUGUGAAAAGGCCCUAAUCAUCUUGUUUUCGCUGGUGGGGCAAGUUAACUUUCGUCGUCUGUUCCGACGUUAGGUGUUGCCACGCUUCUUAGCGCAUAAGAAACGUCCGGUAAGAAACUGGUGGCCUUAUUUGACAUAAAUGAGUGGCUGCACUUAUCAGCUUAAUGCUGUUAUUUAUUCAGCCACCAGCGAUAGUUACACAUGAAACACCACUUCUAAAUCGAAGUGAAUGAAGAUUUUAUUCCCAAGUAACUUACAUAUUCUGUGUAAAUAUAAC